ACAGAUUUUGAUAAAAAUAAAAUCAGAUAAAUUUUGCCUGCUUUUGUAUUACGUCUUCAAAAUAUUCAUCAUCGCUGUAUACAUUCAUCUUUAAUAAUGGCUCAUGAAAAAGUGACUGGAACUAUUGAUCGUGCUACUAUGGUGGACACAGUUAUUGCAUCAAGUCACACAACAUUUUACAAUAGGGCUGGGACAGAAUAUCAUGUGUCUGUACCAGAGGUGGGAAGCACAGCGGAACGCCAAGUGUCUGCUGGCACACUUGACAUCACUGAUACAGCCAUGGGCACAGUUGUUAUAGGAUCUCAUGAUACGGUCAUCGAUAACAGCGGAACAAAGACAACCAUAAAAGUUUCAGGGAGUGAUGCUAGUUCAGCAGGUAGUCAGCAACACCCCGAAUCUGAUCGACAAGUAAAUCAUUCUUCCAGUCAGUCAGGUAUUGACACCAGUGGCAGUGUGGUAUUGAAUAGUGUUGUGGGUUCAGAUGAUACUAAUAUUAAAAUGGAUGGGGCUGUCAUCCAUAUCAAACGGAAGAAAAAGAAUAAAAGUCAUGCAUCACGACAAAUUAAAGAUGGUGAAAUUAAUCUUGCAAACAGUGCAGCUGUAAGCAUGGUAGCUUACUCUGAAAGAACAAAAGUGAAUAUUGUUGGUUCAGAAAUCAAUAUAGAAUAAAACAAAGGUUGAAAUGGUAGAAGAAUCAACAGUUACACCUUUUACCGACUCAAUACUAAAGAAACUAGUGAGAGCACACAGGCAUAUACAUUGAAUUGGACCUAACAGAAAAAAUUAUGUUUGCUAAUACACAGUGUUUUCUGGAUAAAAUGUUAUGUAUGCCACACUGUUAUUCUUUGUUUUCAUAGUUAUUGCUACAUUUACUUAUUUUUAGAUGUCGCUACCAUGGUUUGUAAAUAAAUUCGCUAUGCAAUUGUUGUUAAAUGUGUUUCUCUACCAAUUUCAAAUAUAUGUAGUCACACACACUUGGGAUUCGAUACUGGGGAUUUAGAAAUAAGUAUUUAUUUUCACUUUCCAGUAUACCCUGCAGGUCUGAAUAUUCCAUGCUGUAACCAUCCCAAGUGGCAAUCGUCACAAAAAUUUUUUUGUCCACCAAUUUCGAAAAAAAGGAAGUCACCGAUACUUGGAUAUAGACUGCAAAGCAAAGACUUGGACUACAGCUGGGCAGUGUUUCGAAACACACGGUUUCCACAAACAGUAAAACAUGGCACCAUCAUUACCCACAUAUUUUCAAGGAUUGAAUCCACAAAAAGCAAGCACUGAAUGCUAAUUCGAGAGCAUGAAAUUAUAAUGCAAAGCACCUCAUGCAAGUUAUUCUUUCCACAAAGGUUUGGGCAAUCAGUGACCGAAUAAAAUGAAAAGAGAUUGUACAAGUAAAUUUUUACCAGUCGUAUGUGUAAAUGAAAGAAAAAUGGUGAACAAUUAGGCAAAAGCCUAUAGGCCUCAGCAUUACAUUCUGAACUAUUAUUCAUUAUCUGUUAUUUUAUUUGAAGGCUUGUUCCAGAAUGAAACCGAUUUAUAUAAAAAAUUAUAUAAACUUGA